UUUGGGUCCGGAUAUCGGAUUUGGCAACGUAACCCGACCCGCAUUGUUGGCGUUCUCACGGUGACAGAACUGGCUACUCUAGCUCGAUCGGUUAGGUUGAAUUACGCCAGUGAACGGGCGACAGUUUCCACAUUCCACACUCCAUCUUCCGAAGUGAAGACGGCUUUCUUGAAACGAACCUCAUCUAUGGGUGCAUCCGAGUCGGCUCUCUCAAGCUCACAGAGGUCCGUCGAUGAUAUUACAACGGUUUCGGAGCGCGUAGAAAGUGCAGAUCCGAUCCUGGAGAGGCUGAGGUCCCUCCAAAUCUCCAAACCAAUCCUGACGGCGCCACCUGCAGAUAGUAGUUUGACAGAUAUUCUGGUGAGAAAGACGCCAUCUGCUUUAAAUUCAGGAUUGAACGCCUAUACUUAUGGUAUGUGCUUGUGAUAGGUUGCCUAGACCCAAAAGUGCUACUGGAUCUCUUUUGCAUGUACCGUAAUUGGCAAGAGGAUAAGAUUCAGAAGAUCAAUAAAAAACAGGAAGAGAUAGAUAAUAAAAUAGAAGUGGCAGAUGCACUUGCAAUUAAGCUUCAACAGCGAUACAACUAUUCAGUUUCAGCAAUGAAAGCUACAUCACAACAUCUCUCAGGAGUGCAUUCAUUGCAGGUGGAACUUGGAGAAUUGAAGGGGAGAUUGACUGAGUUAAUCAGCAAUUGCGAUGCAUUGUGCAAGAGGAUUGAUGAGGAAGGACCAGAAGUGCUUCGAUCUUCUGUCAAACCAUUUACAGCAGCCUCUGAAAACGUAGUAGAUGCUCACUUAUCAGCUUCUUCUUUACAAACUGACACCAAUUACGGGCCAUAACUUUUUACUUAUUAUACUUUUCCUUAUGUAACACCAAAUGUAACUUCCCCAUAUCUCACCUCCAUACAGAUGUGCCACUCAUUUUUAGAGGAUAAUAGACUCUGCAGAUACUGUUACUAAUACUUGCACUCGGUGUUUUUUCUUCCCAUUAUGCUAUGUACUUGAAAUUAGUUGUGUUCAGAUACUGUUUUAUUUUCUUCUUCUAUCAAUACAGGAGGUGUUAGUGCGAUUUGUGGCAUCUAAUUUGGUUGUGUUUGGAAA